UAAAUUUAAGGAUUUGAACUGGAGGUUUUUGGGUCUUUAAUGCUCGGUUUAUUUUGUCAAAGUAUCCACAUGGUUGCUUCCUCAAUAUAGUUACUUUGUUGAGGUUUAUGAGGAAGAAGAACAUGUAUCUAUCAUGGUGUUUGAAGAAAUGUUAAUUAAUAGGAGAGUGUUUUUGCUAUUGGGGUUUGAUUCUGAGAUAGCUAGUUGAUUUCUAGGAUAUAUUUGAGAACCAAGGAUUGAAAUAUUAUGGAGUUGCCAAUUGGUAAAGUCCUUUGGAGUUACUGACUUCUGGGAAAGGAAAGGAGGAAUUCAUUAUCUCUGUUUCUUGGCAACUCUCAGUUCCUUAAUUUUUGCACGGGAUCUUUACCUUAUAAGAGAAUGCAAAUCUCAAUGUCAAUUGUUGGACUAUCAGUUUUAUGAGAAUUGGCAAUUGAGGACAUAUUAAGAAUCACACGGCUUUUGCUGCUUCCUUUCAGACCCUUGUAAAUAGAAUGGGAAUCCUUUCACGAAGUAUUGUUAGUAAAAAACCAAAUGAGACGAUGAGGCUUAUUGUAACAACAUUUCUUGGAGUAGUUUUUGGCUUCUUGAUAGGAGUAUCUUUUCCAACAUUGUCAUUGUCUAAGCUGAAUAUCUCAUCCAGCCUUCUUCCUUCGGCUGAUCUCUCCUACGUAGAUGACAAAAAAUUAGGCUUCUCAACCAAUUCUUGGUCUUCAAGGAAGUAUAAUGAUAGCACGAAGCAGAGGCAAAAUCUGAAUGACACAUCAAAGAUUUGGGCCCCUUCCAAUCCACGUGGGGCAGAAAGACUACCGCCAGGAAUUAUUGAAGCAGAGUCAGAUUUCUAUUUACGCAGACUGUGGGGUAAGCCUAGUGAGGACUUGACCAGCACCCCAAGAUAUCUGGUAACCUUCACUGUUGGUUAUGAUCAGAGAAAGAAUAUUGAUGCAAACGUCAAAAAGUUUUCAGAGAACUUUACAAUCCUCCUAUUCCAUUAUGAUGGACGGGUGAGUGAAUGGGAUGAAUUUGAGUGGUCCAAGCGGGCCAUUCAUGUGAGUGCUCGGAAGCAGACCAAAUGGUGGUAUGCCAAGCGUUUUCUACAUCCUGACAUUGUUGCAGCAUAUGACUACAUAUUUAUCUGGGACGAAGACUUGGGAGUUGAGCAUUUCAAUGCCGAGGAAUAUUUGAGACUGGUGAAGAAGCACGGCCUGGAGAUUUCACAGCCUGGUUUGGAGCCUAACAAAGGGUUAACCUGGCAGAUGACAAAGAGAAGAGGUGAUCGUGAAGUUCACAAGAUAACUGAAGAGAAACCAGGCUGGUGCACUGACCCAUAUUUACCACCCUGUGCAGCCUUUGUUGAAAUCAUGGCUACAGUGUUUUCCCGAAAUGCAUGGCGCUGUGUGUGGCAUAUGAUUCAGAAUGACUUGGUCCAUGGAUGGGGUCUUGACUUCGCACUUAGAAAAUGUGUAGAGCCUGCCCAUGAGAAGAUAGGAGUUGUAGAUUCUCAAUGGAUAGUUCAUCAAACUGUUCCAUCGCUUGGGAAUCAGGGCGAGUCACAAAAUGGGAAGGCACCAUGGCAAGGGGUGAGGGAAAGGUGCAGGAAGGAGUGGACUAUGUUCCAAAACAGGAUGGCAAAUGCAGAAAAGGCAUAUUUCAAAGCAAAGGAGCUUGAAUCUUCAAAUUCUACUGCUAAUUAGGGGGUCAGAUAUUGCAGAAGCUGAGUGUACACAACCAUCAUUACAACAUACCUUCACUUGAAGUUUCAGAUACUUUAGUAUAAUCUGUUAUUGUAAUCAAAAACAGUUAUUUAUCAUCACUAAUGAUAAUUCUUGACCUUUGAACCAAAAUGCAUUUUGAAUCCAUGUAGUGUUAUCAGGAAGAGGAGAGUAAUUAAUUUCUCUUGUAAAAAUAAUUUUGUUUAUUUAUUAGUUCAUUUCUCCUUUUAAAUCCUUUUGCUUUCAA